AUGCGCAGCGGCAGCGAGGAUAACAAACGCCCGUCGCCGCCGUCCUCGACCUCUGUCCGUGAGCGCCAGCCCGACCCCGACAGCGACGACCAGAGCUGCGACAAUGACGCGGAGCAAGCCUCGCAGACAGCCAAGCGCAAGCGGCCCAUCUCCGUCUCCUGCGAGCUAUGCAAACAGCGCAAGGUGAAAUGUGAUCGAGGUCAACCAUCGUGUGGCUGGUGCAAGCGCCAUGGCCAAAAUUGCGAGUACAAGGAGCGAAAACCUCCGGGGCUGCGGGCUGGCUUUGGGAGGUUUCUGGAGAAUCGAAGUCGAGAGAUGGAAAUGAGGCUGGACAAGAUGGAAGAGAUCCUGCGAAAGCAUUCCGAACUGCUCCAGACAUCACCGUUGCCCUCUCUCCGCUCCGAGAAUCCCGAAUCCAGUGCGCAGACUGGACGCCAGAAUCUUGCCAGCGAUCAUGAUACCCAAAGCGAGACCAGCAAUACCUUGGGCUCGUCGAAGCUGUACCAAGCGUCCAACAUGAAUAGCAACAUGUUCUACAAUUCUCAACCAAACAAUGGUCCCUCUGGACCUGCGUCUGCCGAGCAAGCCCUCAACGAAUAUCAGACUCGGACGCCUUUACCCGGUGGCUCCAUUUCCGACGUUUCGGUUCAACAAGGCGUCGGGUUGCCCACGGUUACGCCGGCGCCGGGCGCAGCGCUGCCUUCUAACGAGGCUGAUGACCUGCCGCCUUACAAUCUGGUGUUCAACCUGGUGGACUUGUACUUCAAGCACAUCAACACGUGGUGUCCCAUACUUCACCGAAGGACGACUCUGGAUAACCUCUUUGGAAUCUCCGACCUCCAAGAGGCCGAUAGGGUGCUGCUCCAUGCCAUAGUCGCAGUCACCAUGCGAUUCUCCAGCGAUCCAAGGCUUACCGAAGAGCGGCGGCAGCACUACCACCGAGUGUCAAAACAAAAGGUCUUGCUGUACGGCAUGGAAAACUCGUCUGUCAAGUCGCUUCUGGCAUUGCUCAUCCUCGCCCUGGACAUAUGCGGCAGUAGCAAUGGGCCUCCCGGAUGGAACAUCAUGGCCCUCAUCACAAGAUCGGUGGUGCAGCUGGGAUUGGCCGUCGAGACAAAUUCAUUCAGCGUGGCUCCUCACUAUACAUCGAUAUACACGCUCCGUGCUAUGAUUCUGCCCGAGCCCAAAGACUUCAUAGAGGAAGAGUCCCGCAGGAGGCUAUUCUGGAUGAUUUAUCUCCUCGACAGAUACGCAACCAUUGCUACCGCCUUUGAGUUUGCGUUGGCCGAUACCGAGAUUGACCGAAUGCUGCCCUGCCGUGACGACCUGUGGAUGGAGAACCAAAAGGUGGAAACGCGAUGGUUCUCCACGAGCGAUCAACGUGACGAUGAAAGUCACCAGCAUUCACAUGGGAGACCUGAGAAUCUGGGCGCCUUUGCAUACUACAUCGAGAUCCUCGGAAUCCUCUCCAAGAUCCACAAGUUCUUGAAACAGCCGGUCGACAUCGGCAGGCUUACCGACGUCGAAAAGUGGCAGCUUCGCUACAAGGAGCUCGACAAGGAGCUGACCUCUUGGAAUUUUGCCCUCCCUGGGGAGUUUGGGAACAUGAACAAGGUCUUUCAGCCAGGCAGUAGAAAUCUCAACUGCAACUGGAUCAUGCUCCAUGCGACCUAUCACACGGCCGUUAUUCGACUGCAUUCAUCGGCUGCCUAUCCAACGACGCGAUCAGCCAUCUUCACGCCGUCAUUCAGUGCGGCUCAGAGAUGUCACAGCGCCGUCGAGAACAUUUCUGCCUUGGGUGAUUUCGUUGUCAACAAUGGCUUCCUGCCCAAGCUGGGACCGCCGUUUGCAUUCACUAUAUGGGUGGCCGCGCGAGUGCUUCUGGUCCAUGGCUCGACCGUCGAGCACAAGCUCUCGCCUCAGAUUUCCUUCUUCGUCGACAUAUUGCGCGAGAUGGGGCGAUACUGGCCAGUGGCCGCCGGAUACUCUGGGCUGUUGCAGCGGGUACUGGACGAGCAUCGGGACAGCGAACGACAAGGCAGCGGAGUCACGCCCAGCUCGGUCAAGAUCCUGGCCGACAUGCGGCGAACAGCCUUUGACCUGGACUUUUUGAUAUCGCGACAGCCACGCAAUGGGCCCCAGAGCCACGGCCAAUUGGGAGGCGUGACGCCCGCGAGGACGCCGGCGCCAAACGAGUUGGAGUAUCUGGAUGUCUUCAACUUCUUCAAUGUCCCGCGAUUGCCCUUUGGCGGGGAGAACCUCUCUGGAGCCACCGAGGGGCUCAUUUCCAAUCCUGACCUUACCGCGGCAAACGCGAACAUCGACCACCCUCAAUACCAGCCAAACGAGUUCAACAUUACCAAUUUCAUGAUUGAUGCGAACAGCGACUGGCUGUUCAAGACGGAGGGACCAACUUUUUGA